AUGCGCCGUCGCGUAAUUUAUUUUAUUCUGAUGAAUCAAACUUUCAAAAGGGCGUUUUUGUUGCUGCAGUUUUUUUUGGUGUUGGCAUUGCUGAUAGCUGCGAGCAACUGGGAAAAUGAUUCUUCUCUCAUCUUUUCAGAAACGUUGGUAAAAGAUGAUGUGCAGUUUGUUAAGGCCGAAUCUGAGUCAGAAAGACCACGGGUUGUCUUUCUUGUUAUUCAGACACGAAAAUCUCCCGGAUGGUGUCGGAUGCUGCUGAGUUCGCUUCUGUCGGAAGUGUCUGUGGUAUCGAUAGGGUUUGGAAAACGAUACAAUCACGCGAAGAGACCAUUGUGGAUUCUCGACUACAUUGAUAAUGAGGGUCUGCGCGAUGAAGACGUGGUGGUGGCGUUUGAUGGUGGUGACACUUUUAUUACUGGAUCUUUCCAAGUAAAACAAGCUGUGGAUCGUUUCUUGGAAGCAACAGCACCUACCGCAGCCGUCUUCAACGUCACGGCGGUGCAUCGGGGGGAGGCGAAAGCCCCCUUGUUGUUUUCUUCUGAAAGUCUAUGUUUUGCGCCACUGAUGAAAAUUUUGAUCUCUUCUGGACCACAAAAGCGUGCUAGAAAGUGUGUUUGGUACUACAGUAAAGUUUGGGAAGCUAUGAAUGCCUCUGCAGAUCAGGGCAUGGUGCCUUUCACAUCAGCGAAAGGCCUCUUCCUUAAUGCCGGAGGAAUGGUAGGGCGGGUGUGGGCCAUUCGAGAGGCACUGAAGGCAUAUAAGAAGGUUUUGGGAUUAACCGACCAGUGGUGGUGUGACCAGAGCAUCUGGGCGCUGUUGUAUGUAUGGAGCCUAACACGAACUACUAAUGUGUCUCUUGAUUUUCGCAUACCGUACGGUAUUCUGAACCUUGAUUACCAUCACAAUUUUUUUCAAAUUCCUUACGGCGAGGUCGUGGCCCACCCUGCAGUUAUUCAUCUUCCUGGCGGUCAAAGGAGUUGGGCUGCUCUAAUGCCAGAAUUGAUGAAUCACACAACAUGGUUUUCUAAGUUGAAAUCUUCCCCCCAAAUGACGAGGGACGGCUUGACUCAAUUGAGUAAUUUGUUUGUUAAAUUAGUUACUUGCGAUGGAGAAGCUCGUUUUCGACGGUUUGGAGCCCUUUGCUCACCCCGAAAAGUAAUUGAUCCAGAUUGGCUUCUCAGUCCUUUGAGAAAAUAG